AGACAAUUCUAAAACUAUAUAUUGUUUCAGAUUUCUACCGUAAAUUAGUAGGAUUCCUAGCAAGACAUGAUAAGGAUCAGUACCACUGAAAUCUUCUUCCUUAUCUUGUCUAUUUCUUUAGUGUCAAGCAAAACCUAUCUGAUAGAAGUAGCUGACACACCGGGUGGCAUCAAAACUGAGAAUAAAGUGCAACAAUAUGGAAAUAGUAGCUCUGGAGGAGACUACUCAUUGGGAGCAGAUUGGGGAGUGAGAGAAGAAGGUUCAAUAGGAGAAAAUGGAGGUUACACAGCAAGGUUUGAGAAUGGUGGUGAUGGAGGAGGGGAAGGAGGAGAUGAUGGGAAUGGUGGAGAAGGAGUAAAUGGAGGAUAUGCUGGGAAUGAACACAAUACAGCAGGAGAAGAUAAUGGUGGUGAUGGAGGAGGUGAAGAGAAUGGUGGAGAUGGAGUAAAUGGAGGAUAUGCAGGAACUGAAGAAGUUACAGCAGGGAAUGGUGGUUAUGGUGGAGGUGAAGGGACUGGAGAGAAUGGAGUAAAUGGAGGAUAUGCAGGAACUGAAGAAGUUACAGCAGGGAAUGGUGGUUAUGGUGGAGGUGAAGGGACUGGAGAAGAUGGAGUUAAUGGCGGAUAUACAGAAAUUGAAGAAGUUAUAGCAGGAUCAGAGAACGGUGGUGGAGGUGAAGGGACUGGAAAGAAUGGAGUAAAUGGAGGAUAUGCAGGAACUGAAGAAGUUACAGCAGGGAAUGGUGGUGAUGGUGGAGGUGAAGGGACUGGAGAAGCUGGAGUUAUUGUGGAGUAUGCAGAAAUUGAAGAAGUUACAGCAGGAUCAGAGAAUGGUGGAGGUGAAGGGACUGGAGAGGAUGUAGUAAAUGGGGGAUAUGCAGGAAGUAAAGAAGCUUCAGCAGGAUCGGAGAAUGGUGGUGAUGAUGGAGGUGAAGCGAAUGUAGUAAAUAAGGGAUAUCAUGGUACUAGAAAAGAUGGAGUAUAUGAAGGAUAUGCUGGGACUGGAGGAGAAAUAACAGGAGUAGAGAAUGGUGGUGAUGGAGGAAGUGAAAGGACCAGGGAGGUUGGAGUAAAUGGAGGAUAUGCUGGGAAGGGAGGUAGUGGAGAAAAUGGAGUAAGUGGAAGUGAAAAAUAUGAAAGACAUGGAGGGAGCAGUCGAAGAGGACAAUAUGGAAGAUAUGGAGUUGGCCGUGGAAGUGGCCGAGGCCAAGGAUGGGGACGAGGCAGAGGAAGAACAGGAAGCAGCAAGGAAAAAGGCAGAGAAAGCAAAGGAAGCAGCAGGGAAAAAGGCAGAGCAAACACAAGAGGCAGCAAGGAACAAGGCAAAGGAAGAACAGGACGCAGAAGAAAGGAAGGAGGCACAGGAGCAGGUGGAGGGUGGCAAGGUAGAUGAGGCACAAGAUGUUGGUACAAUAACAACUACGGUGGUUGAUGAGGGUUAAGCUGAAGUAAGCAGAAAAGAAUUGCCAUUUUUGAUUACUUAAUCUGCCUAAAUCAAUUUCGCCAAAGAUUAAUAAAUUUUAAAACUUGAA